GAAGAGAGAAGACUGAGGCUAGAGAGAGAAAGUAGUAAUCAAUAGAAGGUGAAAAUGGGGGGCGGAAUGGAGACCAAUAAGAACCGUUGGAUCGAGGACUGGGCGACUAAUAGGGAGAAUCUCGAGCACCAUUUCCGGUGGACCCGUCGCAACCUUGCCCUCGUCGGGAUCUUCGGCGUCGCCGUCCCCAUCCUCGUCUACAAAGGCGUCGUCAAGGAAUUUCAUAUGCAAGAUGAAGAUGCAGGGAGGCCACCCAGAAAAUUCUGGUUCACAUGAUGCUGUACUAAACCUGGCUGAAAUUCCAAGAUUCAUUAUAAUCUUAUUUCAGUAACAUUAUCUUUGCUUAUUGUAUGUUACAUGAUAUUAACUCUGCAUCAUGUGUCAACUCAGCAUCACAUUUGGAAAAAAUCAUUUGAACUUUGGAAGGUGCUGGAAAUAAUAGAAUUUGAUCAAAUUUCGUUAUUUUAA